CAAAAAUCUGAAAGAAUUUUAGUGUAAAUAACAAAAAAAUUAAUUUUACUAGUUUAUUGUGCAUUUAAUUAACUUACAAUCAUGGGAUUCGAUAAAGAACAGGACAUGAAGGAAAAUUUGAAACGAAAGUUGUGCUACGUUUGCAGAAAGAUGUCUUUUCUACGAUGCACUCACUGCAAUAGAGUUUAUUGUGGCAGUGAAUGCCAAAUGAAGGACUGGAAAAAUCAUCAAUCAGGUCUUGGAAGUCUUAAUCCAAAGGCCGAAAAGAAAUUUCUUGAUACUCCUUCAGUUUCUAAAUUAAGCGUUCAAGAUCGUAUCAAAAAAGCACAGUUUGGAAAGUCACCAUAUGUCGAUGAUUAAAGAUCCAGCAUAAUUUCAUUAUUAGCAAUUUUAUAAAUAGUUUUAGCCCAUAAAAAUGGCAAUAAAUUCUUGGCAUAUCUAUUGAAUGAAACAAAACAGCCAUAAAGUCCAU